AUGACAGCGUCGACCGUAACCCCCUACUCCCCCGUCGGCGACAGUGGCUUCCAGUCGCAGCAGCAAUACCACAACCCCCAAGUCGACCCAGAGGAAUUCUACCGCUCCACGCCAGAAUCACAAAACACCCACCACGACCACGACCACGACCACGACCACGACCACGACCACGACCACGACCACGACCACGACCACGACCACGACCACCACCACGAGCACUCGGCCACCAGCCCGGUAUCACCAGCAGACUCACAGGCACCGAUCGUGUUCGGCGUCGGGCAGGCACAGGACUACCCACCACCGCCACCAUCAACAACAACAACAGUAAACACCCAGCAGCUGCCGUCAUCGAGAAUGGCCGACAGCAACAACAACACCUCGUACCCGUCGCCCGUCGUGGAGGAGGAGCCCGGUUCGUCGUCGUCGUCGUCGUAUCCGCCGCCGCCCACGCAGCCCACGCAGCCCACGCAGCCCAUUGCCGUCGAUAUGUACCGCACGUCGAUGGGCGUGGUGAACGGCGAGGUUGGGUCGUACCCGGCCCCGCCGCCGGCGAAUAAUAGACGGCGGGACCCGUAUGCGGGUAUGGCGGUGCCCAUGACGCCGCUGACGCCCGCGUUGAAGACGCCGACGUUUAGGGAGGAGGCGGAUGUGGAGAGGUAUUCGUCGAAGGUGCAGAAGUACGAUAAGAGGGAUUUGGCCGUCAAGCUGAAAGUCCGCCUCGCCAAGAUCUUCCUGCGCAGCAUCAACUGCGCCUGCAGCCUGGUCGUGCUCUCGCUCGUGGCCUCCACCUUUGCAAUCUUCAACUCCACAAAGCACAUGGCGCCGCGCAACAACCUGCCGCCGUGGGCCGUGGCGACGCCGCAGUGGCCGCAGAUCGUCGUGCUGUGCAUCGCCGUGGUGUCGCUGUGCAUCUCGCUGUACAUCAUGUACGGCUACUGGCGCGGCGGGCACAAGCGCGCCGAGAAGGUGGCCGUGUACUGGACCGUGUUUGCCGUCGGCACGUUCAUCUUCACGAUUGUCAUGUGGGCCAUUGCGGCGGGCAUCAUGCAGGGGAGCCGGAACAGCGCCGAGGGCAAGGACCUGUGGGGGUGGGCGUGCAAGGACAACGUGCGGCGGAAGCUGUUUGAGCAGGACAUCAACUACAAGCUGGUGUGCAGGGAGCAGGACUGGGUCCUCGUCUGCGCCAUCAUCGAGAUCAGCGUCGAAACAAUCACCAUCGCCGUCUACGCAUUCGCCUUCUACCGCCUCGCCUCCAAGCGCAAGCUGCGCAAGUCCAUGGACGUCCGCGACAAGGCCCGCUCCGAGCUCUGGCUCGCCAAGCUGCGCGAGCAGCAAGCCGCCGAGGACCUCGAGGCCCAGGCCGGCUCCUCGGAGCCAAAGACCGCGCUAGACGAGACGGACGCAAACACCGCCUACAACAAGCUCAACGGCACCGGCAACGGCACCGGCACCGGCACCGACCUCUCGGGCGCGGAGGAGGAGGAGGAGGGCCGCGCGGUGGCGCCCGUGCCCGCGCCGAUCGUGCUGCAGAGGCCGCCAAAGGGGAAUUAUGCCACGGCGCCGCACAAGGCCCGGAGGGUGUCGAUCUCGCCGCCGAAUUCGUCCGGGGAUAGGGUCCCGCCGACGCCGCGGUCGGUGAGCUUUCAGGCGCCGCUGUCGGCGACGUAUCCGCCGCCGCCCAUGUCGGCGACGUUCCCUGCGCGGGUGCCGUCGGCGGGGUCGCAGAAGUGA